AUGUCUCUCUCUCUCUCUCCCUCACAAAACCCCAAUCACCACCCCAAUCAGCACCCCAAUCAGCACCCCAAUCACCACCCCAAUCAGCACCCCAAUCAGCACCCCAAUCACCACCCCAAUCAGCACCCCAAUCACCACCCCAAUCAGCACCCCCAAUCAGCACCCCCAAUCAGCACCCCAAUCAGCGACCCCAAUCACCACCCCCAAUCACCACCCCAAUCAGCACCCCAAUCACCACCCCAAUCAGCACCCCCAAUCAGCACCCCCAAUCAGCACCCCAAUCAGCACCCCCAAUCAGCACCCCCAAUCACCACCCCCAAUCACCACCCCAAUCACACCCCCAUUCAGCACCCCCAAUCAGCACCCCCCAAUCAGCACCCCAAUCAGCACCCCCAAUCAGCACCCCCAAUCACCACCCUCAAUCGCCAACCCAAAUCCCCCAAUCAGCACCCCAGCAGCACCCCCAAUCACCACCCCAAUCAGCACCCCCAAUCAGCACCCCCAAUCACCACCCCAAUCAGCACCCCCAAUCAGCACCCCAUUCACCACCCCCAAUCACCACCCCAAUCACCACCCCAACCAGCACCCCCAAUCACCACCCCCAUCACCACCCCAAUCACCAUCCCCAACCAGAACCCCCAAUCACCACCCCCAUCACCACCCCAAUCACCACCCCAAUCACCACCCCCAUCACCACCCCCAUCACCACCCCCAUCACCAUCCCCAACCAGCACCCCCAUCACCACCCCCAUCACCACCCCCAUCACCACCCCAAUCACCAUCCCCAACCAGCACCCCCAUCACCACCCCCAUCACCACCCCAUCACCACCCCCAUCACCACCCCCAUCACCACCCCAAUCACCACCCCCAUCAUCACCCCCAUCACCACCCCCAUCACCACCCCCAUCACCACCCCCAUCACCACCCCAAUCACCACCCCAAUCAGCACCCCCAAUCAGCACCCCCAAUCACCACCCCAAUCAGCACCCCCAAUCAGCACCCCAUUCACCACCCCCAUCACCACCCCAAUCACCACCCCCAUCAUCACCCCCAUCACCACCCCAAUCACCACCCCCAUCACCACCCCCAUCACCACCCCAAUCACCACCCCCAUCACCACCCCCAUCACCACCCCAAUCACCACCCCCAUCAUCACCCCCAUCACCACCCCAAUCACCACCCCCAUCAUCACCCCCAUCACCACCCCAAUCACCACCCCCAUCAUCACCCCCAUCACCACCCCAAUCACCACCCCCAUCACCACCCCCAUCACCACCCCCAUCAGUAACAUCCAAAUCAGUCUGCUUGCUGCACAACAACAACAAAGCAAAGCUAUCACCACCCCCAUCACCACCCCCAUCACCACCCCAAUCACCACCCCAUCAUCACCCCCAUCACCACCCCCAUCACCACCCCAAUCACCACCCCCAUCACCACCCCAAUCACCAUCCCCAACCAGAACCCCCAAUCACCACCCCCAUCACCACCCCCAUCACCACCCCCAUCACCACCCCAAUCACCACCCCCAUCACCACCCCCAUCACCACCCCCAUCACCACCCCCAUCAUCACCCCCAUCACCACCCCAAUCAUCACCCCCAUCACCACCCCCAUCACCACCCCCAUCAGUAA